AGUACUAAAUAUUGGCGCGAAACGCUCUGUCAGCAGACCAUCAAAAAACGAAUUCUGAAACAUAAAUCAUGGGAAUAAAAGGGUUAUCACAGCUGCUUGCCGACCACGCUCCUGGUUGUUUGAAAGAAAGUGAAAUUAAAAACUAUUUUGGCCGUAAAGUUGCAGUAGAUGCCUCUAUGUGCAUUUACCAGUUCUUGAUAGCCGUGCGCCAAGAUGGAAGCCAGCUUACAAAUGAAGAUGGAGAAACAACAAGUCAUUUGAUGGGGAUGUUUUAUCGCACUAUCCGGAUGGUGGAGAACGGUAUCAAGCCCGUGUAUGUGUUUGAUGGAAAACCUCCAGAGAUGAAAUCAGGAGAGUUAGAGAAGCGUAAGGAAAGGCGUAGUGAGGCUCAGAAAGGGUUGGAGCAGGCAACAGAGGCGGGAGACACCGAGAACAUUGAGAAGUUCAACCGCCGUCUCGUCAAGGUCACCAAACAACACAAUGAGGACUGCAAGGAGCUGCUAAAGAGAAUGGGCAUUCCUUACGUCGAUGCUCCAUGUGAGGCCGAGGCCCAGUGUGCCGCCCUCGUGAAAGCUGGAAAAGUCUGGGCCACAGGGACAGAAGAUAUGGAUUCUCUCACAUUUGGUUCCAACGUAGUGUUGCGACACCUCACAUUCAGCGAGGCCAGGAAGAUGCCUAUUAAAGAAUAUCACUACAACAGAAUACUGGAAGGUCUUGGUCUAUCUCAAGAUGAGUUUAUAGAUCUGUGUAUCCUGCUUGGCUGUGACUACUGCGAAUCUAUCAGAGGCAUUGGUCCAAAGCGAGCCAUAGAUCUUAUUAAACAGCACAAAUCCAUUGAUGAAAUUGUCAAACACCUGGACACAAAGAAGUACACAAUAGCAGAUGACUGGCUGUACAAGGAGGCCAGACAGUUGUUUAAAACCCCAGAGGUGGCAGAUCCAAGCACAUUGGAGCUUAAAUGGACAGAGCCAAACGAGGAGGAGUUGAUAGACUUUAUGGUUACACAGAAACAAUUUAGUGAGGACCGUAUCCGUAAUGGUAUCAAGAAGUUGACGAAGGCUCGGUCAGGAAGCACUCAGGGUCGUCUAGAUGGAUUCUUCACAGUUAUCUCCUCAAGCCCAGCUACCGGAAAGAGGAAGGCUGAAGAUGCCAAGGGGUCAGCAAAGAAAAAGGCUAAGGGGGGCUUCAAAAGGGGCAAGUGAUGAAAUGGAGAAGAUUGUUCUGGGAAAUACAGAUUGGAAAUAAUUGUUGACAUUGCUGUAGUGUAGCAUGUCAAAUAGGGCAAGUGUCGUUUAUUAAGCUGUUUAAUACUCCAAUGGACUUGCAUGCCAUUUUUCCAACUGCUUUUCAUUUUAUUAUUUUCAACAGGAAAGUAUUGUUUAUUUUUCGCUAAGAUUACUAAUGUUUAAUGGUGCAUGAAUUUCCUUACACCUUUAUUUGUUUAAUAUAUAUAUAUGGAUACUAUUGAUUACUGGCAUUUGCAUUUUCUCUAUUUGAAUAAAAUUGUAUGUGUA